UAAUCGUGCCAAGUAUGGCGGAAGUGUAAAGAAAAGCCGGAUGUGAACUUCAUUCUUGAGAAUGGCUAGAGCUUGCAUUAGCAUGGUCGGUCAUUUGAAGAGGUUAAACGGUUUAUUUACACAGUUGUCAACCGCAACCAGACAGAAAUACAAUACAACAUGUUUUCUGCCAGUACACCCCAAGUCAGCUAUUGGUGGUCCCUCAAUUGAUGAUCCUUACUGUCAAGUAGAAAUUGGUGUAACUUCAGAUGGGCAAACCAUUGUCUGUUACCAUCCCUCCAUGGAUGUUCCCUAUGAACUUACACAGCCAAUUCCACGACCAGACCCUCUGAUCAAUCUUGCAGAGAACCAUGACCAGGUUCUAAAAGCUCACCUCAGUAGGGAGGUGCUUCAGAACAAAAAAGCCCCUACGAUUGAGGAGCUCAGCAAGAUGUUUUUCACAACCAAGCACCGCUGGUAUCCUGUGGGACAGUACCACAUACGGCGAAGAAAGGAAGAUCCUCCUAAAGACAGAUAGAAACUGCUAUGUAAAAGAAACAGCUACUGUAACACAAAGCUUCUUGAUACCAUACUAAACUUCUACCUGUUUUGUGGUGUAAAAUAAAGUGAACAAAAAAAUCACUCAAUUGUACUGAUUCUACUAUGGGUAAAUUUUAAAUAUAUAUAUAUACACACAUUUAUUACUCAGCAGAGUACAAAAACAAUAUCCAUCAGAUUAUAUAAACACAACACAUGAAAUGAGUGCAACGUUGCAUAAAGUUAGAAAGCAGGGGAGAAAGGUUGUUAAAGGUGCUGUAAAGCAAAUCCGAUGAUUUGCUUCUCAGUACAUUAUAUACGUGUGAAAUUAGUUGCUGAAAGCAUGUGCAAAGCUCUAAAACUUUGUUGCACUGAAAUGUGGAGUUAGACCGUUGAACAGUUUCUCACUCAUUUUCAGGUUUUGUUUAGGCGGGGCAAAACCCAACCUAUCUACAUUACAGCCACCUAUCUAUGUCAGAUCACAGACG